CACAUGGGUCAGGACGAAGCUCCACAAGCUUCAGGGAGUCAACAUAGCAGUUUCACCCUUCUCCAGAAUGGGGAAAAGAAGCAGACAGAGGCAGAAAAACCAACCUGCUGGCAGAGACCACAGAGACAACGCAGGUUGGGGUGCUGGUUAUGCUGACAUUGUGAAAGAGAAUAAGCUGUUUGAGCACUACUACAAGGAACAAGGCUUGGUUCCAGAGGGAGAGUUUGAACAGUUUAUGGAUGCAAUGAGGGAACCGCUUCCAGCCACCAUCCGCAUCACUGGCUAUAAAAGCCACGCCAAGGAAAUCCUCCACUGCCUGAAGGAAAAGUACUUUAAGGAUAUUCAGGAGUUGGAGAUCGACGGUCAGAAGAUUGAGGCGCCGCAGCCUCUCAGCUGGUAUCCCGAUGAGCAAGCCUGGCACACCAACAUGAGUCGUAAAAUAAUUCGGAAGUCUCCCCUGCUGGAGAAGUUCCACCAGUUCCUCGUCAGCGAGACGGAGUCGGGUAACAUCAGCCGCCAGGAAGCCGUCAGUAUGAUCCCUCCUCUUCUCCUGAAGAUUGAACCCCAUCACAAAAUAUUGGACAUGUGUGCAGCUCCUGGCUCCAAGACAGCGCAACUGAUUGAGAUGCUUCAUUCUGACAUGGAAGUGCCGUUUCCAGAGGGCUUCGUCAUCGCCAACGACGUGGACAACAAACGCUGCUACCUGCUGGUUCACCAGGCCAAACGUCUCAACAGCCCCUGCAUCAUGGUGGCCAACCACGACGCGUCCUGCAUCCCCAUGCUGCAGAUCCAAGGUUCGGACGGCAAGAAGGACAUCCUCUUCUACGACCGCAUCUUGUGCGACGUGCCCUGCAGCGGGGACGGCACCAUGAGGAAGAACAUAGACGUGUGGAAGAAGUGGACGACCAGCAACAGCCUGCAUCUUCAUGGCCUCCAGAUGCGUAUUGCCGUGCGUGGUGUCGAACAGCUGGCCGUGGGCGGCACGAUGGUCUACUCCACCUGUUCCCUCAACCCCAUUGAGGACGAAGCUGUCAUUGCGGCGCUGCUGGAGAAAAGCGAAGGAGCACUGGAGCUGGUCGACUGCUCUGCUGACCUACCGGGCUUGAAGUGGAUGCCCGGGGUCACUUCCUGGAAGCUGAUGACUAAAGAGGGCAAGUGGUACGCUGACUGGUCGGAGGUUCCGAGCAGUCGCCACACGCAAAUCAGACCCACCAUGUUCGCGCCAGCAGAUGCGGAGAGGCUGGCUGGCAUGCAUCUGGAGAGAUGUAUGAGGAUUCUGCCACAUCACCAGAACACAGGAGGUUUCUUUGUGGCUGUGCUAAUGAAGAAAGCCCCGAUGCCUUGGAACAGAAGAUAUCCCAAGCUGAGGAAAGAGGCCUCGUCGGGCUCCGAACCCCAAACUCAAAGCUCUCAUGUGGCCCCAGCGGAGACUCCCUCCCUUCCUGAGGGAGAGGAGAUGGAGGAAGGAGACGCCGAGAGCAAAGUAGACGGGGAGGAGGCCCAGGCGGGAGUACCCAAAGGAGCUCCUCUGAGUGACAAACAAGAUGGCGUGUGUGGCCCUCCACCAUCAAAGAAGUUGAAGCUAUUUGGAUACAAGGAAGAUCCCUUUGUGUUCCUCAGUGAAGAUGACCCCGUCUUCACCACCAUACAAUCCUUCUACGACUUGUCACCAAACUUCCCCAAGAUGAACGUGCUGACCAGAACCCACGAGGGCAAGAAGAGACACUUGUACAUGGUGUCCAAAGAGUUGCGCAACGUCAUGCUCAACAACAGUGAGCGCAUGAAGGUCAUAAAUACAGGUGUGAAAGUGUGGUCUCGCAACAGUGACGGAGAAGAGUUUGGUUGUGCCUUUAGACUGGCUCAAGAGGGUAUCUACACUCUGCAGCCGUAUAUUCGCUCCAGAAUCAUCACAGUGAGCGUGGAGGACAUCAAGGUGCUGCUGACACAGGAAAACCCAUUCCUCAGCAAACUGGAGGACGACGCCCACGCUCAAGCCAAAAAAAUACUUAUGGGAAGCAUUGUGUUGAAGUACAUUCCCAACCCCAAUAAGCCAGCAGAGCCUCAGUGUUCCAUCCAACUGUGCGGCUGGAGAGGAAAGACGUCCAUCCGAGCCUUCGUCCCCCGCAACGAGAGGUACCACUACCUCCGCAUGCUGGGCGUGGAAGUCUUCCGGGACAAGCAGGGCGCGGGCCGGAAGCCAACAGACGAGGAGGCCAAAGGGAAGCAAGAGGAGGAGGGGGCGGCGGCGGAGGAGGAGGAAGAGGAGGAGCUGGACUUGGAGAACGGGAGUGAAAACACAUCAUCAGAAGCGAAGAUGGAUGAUGACAAUAAAGGGGCUAGUGGCUGAGAGUAGAAGAAGAGGACUUGAUGAAAGUGCAUUGAAGCUGUAAGUGCAGGUCUCUGAAGACCACAUUGUGUGUGUGAGAGGAAGAGGAGGAGCUUAUUCUUCACCACACAGAAGGAAACCCUCUCAGAGAAAGACAGCUUGGAUAGAAUUUUUUUUUUUGGGGGGGGAUUCCCCCCCAAGGAAGAUGACUUUUCUUUUUUUUUUUUAAAUAGUUAAUUUAAUGGUCAGUCUUUCUCUUUAUGCUUUAAUAAUGGUAUUACACCUGCCUUUCUUUCUGUUUUGCAUUUUUAAAGAGUUUUAUAUUAAGUCUUAUCUCAUUUUGUACACCUGUAUGAGCAGAAUUGGAGCUGAAUAAAGGUGUGAAAGAU